AUGGAUAAUUUAACUACGAAUCUUAAAUUCUUCAAAAAGUAUAAUCAAUCAACCAAAGAUAAUUCAGAGGAGAAGAUUGAAAAGAUUGAAAUAUUUAAUAAAUUCAUGGAAGAAGUUGAUAAUAUCAAAGCAAUUCACAAAUUAACAUUAAAUGAUUUAUCCUAUGAGCUAUCAAACCAACCACAAUCUCCAGUAUCAUCAUAUUCAAAUUCAAGUGCAUCACCAAUUCAACAACAGGGACAAUUUACAAUGAAACUGUUUCAUAAUUCAUCAAUAAAGAAAAGAUUCUCAUUACCACCAAACAACAACAAUAAUACUCCUAAGAAAAACGGGUCUAGUUCCAAGUAUAAACGGUUAUCAACAGGUUUACAACUAGGUUUAUUGACUGUAUUUGAAGAAGAAACACCAAAAUCACAACCCAAAAGAAUCAGUACUUCAAAUUCAGCACCUCCUUCAUAUGAUGACAAUUAUUUAAAUAUAUUACCACCAUCACAAUAUGAAACUUAUAAUCUUGCAACUUUAGAUCAAUUGACAAAAUGUAAGAAUAAUAGGUAUAGUUUAAAUUCGGUACAAUCUAAUAUUUCAGGAUUAACCGAUUUAACUUCAUUUGAAGAUGAGUCCAAUACGAAUAGGUAUACGAAAGAUGAACUUAGGAUGAAAUUGGAAGAGAAAUUUAAUUUGAAGUAUAAUGAAAAACCAAAUAUUAAUAAAGUUGAAUCUCUUGAAUCUCAGGAAGAUCAAAUAGACCAGGAAGAUACUAAAUUUGAAAAUAAGUUAAACAAAUGA